GAUAGUAAAUAAAUACCCAAAAACCAUUUCCAUUUUCUAUCAAGCAAGCUAUCAGACAUGUUACCUGAAACACUAGCUAUCCCUGCAAUCCUCCUUGUGACAUUCAUUUUUAUUCUAUCAGCUUCUCUAUUUCAUAUUCCAAAACAACAUCAACAAGAUGGGAAACAUCCACCAGGUCCCAAGUCCUUGCCAAUUAUUGGUAACCUCCACAUGCUAGGGAAUCUCCCACACCGUACCCUUCAAGCCCUUGCCAGAAAAUAUGGACCCAUCAUGUCCUUAAAGUUAGGACAUGUUCCUACCAUUGUGGUUUCAUCCCCUGAAACUGCAGAGCUAUUCCUCAAGACCCAUGACACUGUUUUUGCUAGCAGGCCUAAAAUUCAAGCCUCUGAAUAUAUGUUUUAUGGAGGAAAAGGAUUAGGAUUAGCUCAGUAUGGUUCCUACUGGCGCAACAUGAGGAAAUUGUGUACCUUACAACUUCUAAGUGCAUCAAAAGUUGAGAUGUUUGCACCCUUGAGGAGUGAGGAGUUGGGACAAUUUUUGAGGUCACUUGAGAAAGCUUCAGCCUCACGUGAGGUUGUGGAUAUCAGUGAGCUUGUUGGGGAGCUUAUAGCAAAUAUCACUUAUAAAAUGGUGUUGGGUUGCAAUAAGGAUGAUAGGUUUGAUUUAAAAGGACUUAUUGGUGAGGCAAUGAAGUUGGCUGGAACUUUCAAUUUGGCAGAUUUUUUGCCUUGGCUUAGCAUAUUUGAUCUUCAGGGACUAGCAAGUCGAAUGAAGAAAACAAGUAAAGUAUUUGAUCAAGUGGUGGAGCAGAUCAUCACAGAUCAUGAGCAUCCAUCAGAUAAUGAAAAGAAAGACCCUCACGAUAAGGAUUUUGUUGACAUAUUCUUAUCACUAAUGCACCAAUCCAUGGAUAAUCCACAGGAUGAACAGAAACAAGUCAUUGAUAGAACUAAUAUCAAAGCAAUUAUAUUGGACAUGAUUGGUGGAGCAUUAGACUCAUCUACUGCAGCAAUUGAGUGGGCACUUUCAGAACUCUUAAGACAUCCAAGGGUUAUGAAGAGGCUUCAACAUGAGCUAGAAAAUGUAGUGGGGUUGAAUAAACAAGUGGUGGAAACUGACUUAGAAAAGUUGCCUUAUCUAAAUAUGGUGGUGAAGGAGACCUUAAGAUUAUACCCACCUGGACCUUUGCUAGCACCUCGUGAGUGUCUAAAAGAUGUUGUUAUUGAUGGCUAUUACAUAAAGAAAAAGACAAGAAUCAUAAUAAAUGCAUGGGCAAUAGGGAGAGACCCUAAAGUAUGGUCACAUAAUGCUGAUGUGUUUUAUCCAGAGAGAUUUGUCAAUAGCAAUGUUGACCUUAGGGGACAAGACUUUCAACUUAUACCCUUUGGUUCAGGUCGCAGAGGGUGUCCUGGGAUUCUUUUGGGCCUAACUACUAUUAGACUUGUUCUGGCUCAACUGGUGCAUUGCUUCAGUUGGGAGCUUCCAUUGGGCUUGCCAUCAGAUAACUUGGACAUGACUGAGAGGUUUGGGCUCUCAAUGCCAAGAAAUGAGCACUUGUUAGCUGUGCCAACUUAUCGGUUAGUUGGUAAAGUUAGAAGGGAAUCAAAUUAAAAUGGGUUAAUGUUCAUUAAAAUAAAUGAUUUGCAUGUAACAUCAUAAUUGUUUCAUGAU